AUGAGGCUCUGCACACAAUUGACUGCCUUGGUUGCGGUAUCGGGUGCCUCUGCCUUGACGUUAGUCCCUCGGAAAGAAGCGGUCAGUUGCGUGACAGAUGAAAAGACAGGAGCUCUCUUCGUCACAGCAGAGUGUGUCGAUUUCGACUAUGACUCUCCGAUUUUCGAUAGUGAGACGGACGAGACGAUCCCUACACCCCAUCGAAAGAUCUCGGGCCAUUUCAACGGCACCGAUGUCGACUUCAACAUCUAUCUUAUUCCCAAGUCCAAAUGGGACAGGCGGUUCUUCCAGCUCAUGUACCCUUCCCAGACAUCCAUCGCCGAUGAUACAGCCAUUAUCUUUGGGAGCGAGAGUGGUGGCUACACGAUUCAGGCUUCUGGAACCCAAGGCUACCGCGCUGACGCAGCGCUGGCCAAGGUUUCCCGCGAAAUCGCACAAGAGUACUAUCAUUCCUCUUCUGACCAGAUUCGCGGAUAUGUCUACGGUGGUAGUGGUGGCUCUCUCAAAGCCAUUGGCGCUGCCGAGAACACACUUGGAGUUUGGGAUGGAUGUGUCGCUCUCAUCCAGGCAACGCCAAUGUCCAUACCUUAUAACUGGGGCAUCCGAGCGUUCGGCGGGUUGAUCCUGGAGAAGCAUUCCACGGAGCUCAUCGACGCAGUUCAGCCGGGUGGUACUGGUGACCCCCAUGAAUUCCUUGACGAACUUGAGCGAGCGGUUUUGACCGAGACGCAACACCUCGGCAUCCCCACCAGAGGAUGGGAAGACUGGGGCUCUAUCGCCAGGAACCGUACGCAACUGUGGCAGACGCUCAAGGACAUCACGGUUCCCAUGCUCCAGGAUAUGGACCCCACUUAUGCCGACGACUUUUGGAACAAGGGUGGGUACGCAGGGAGUGACCAGUCUGGACUGGGAGAGAGAUUUCGUGCUGCCCUCGUCCAGUUUGACAGUGUCAUUGAGAGUGCAACUGCGGGCGAAGACGGUUUGACAUCCGAGUUUGUAUUGGAGACUGUGCCCAGUAACGCUACCGAAGUUGUAGGCUUUGGCUUUUCUGUCACAGUCAAUGGCUCCGGUAAUCAUUUUUCUGGCAUAUUGGAUGUUGAGACAAGAACCGUGCACAUCUUGGCCGGCGCUUCCAAUACUACGCUUGGCGCCCUCGUACCGGGUGCCAACAUCCAGGUCGAUAAUCGCUGGUACCUCGCAGCCCAUACAUACUACCGUCACCAACUACCUCCGAUAGACAGCGGGUUCUAUGGUUAUGACUAUCUUCGCGAUGAGAAUGGUGAGCCACUCUACCCUCAACGCGAUGUCGUGAUGGGACCAGUCGUCUCGAAACCAGCCUCAGGAGGUGUUACACACACGGGUAACAUCACCAUGAAGUUGAUUGUCAUGAACAACCUUGUCGACUUUGACGCCUUGCCCUGGCAUGCAGAUUGGUACAAGAACCAGGUCCGUAGAGCAAAAGGCAGCCUCCAAGACCACUAUCGUCUGUACUACAGCGACAAUGCAGACCACGUCAUGGGGAAGAUCAAAGCUCCCUACACGAGUCGGACCGUCGACUUCACCGGUCUAUACCAGCAGCACCUGCGCGAUCUGAUGGCGUGGGUUGAGAACAACGUCAAUCCGCCGACACCUACAAACUACACUAUGGUUGAAGGACAGGUUGAGGUCCCCUCAUCUGCGUCGGCACGUAAGGGCAUCCAACCCAUGGUUGAGCUCCUUGUGGACGAUUCAAAGCGCACCCAGGUAGCUCCAGGAGAGAAUAAAGAGUUUCACGUCAAGGUACAAGUCCCGGAUGGCAUCGGUCAGAUCGUUGCGCUUGAAUGGGAUCCUCUUGGCACCGGUGAGUAUACCAAAAAAGACAUUGAGAUGGGGCCUGGGAUCGAUUUACGCUUCUCGUAUGCGUACAGGAAACCUGGAGUCUACUUCGCCGGCAUCCGAGCCGCUUCUCACCGGGAUGGGAAUACUGAAACAGAGAUUGGUCUGGCUUGGAAUUUGGAUCGUGUUAGAGUUGUUGUAGAAUCGUGUCCAGUAUGGUAA